AUGCCUUUUGCUCAGCUUGUUCUGGGCAGCCCAGGCUCGGGCAAGAGCACCUACUGCGAUGGCAUGCACCAGUUCAUGGGCGCAAUCGGUCGCGCAUGCUCCGUCGUGAACCUCGAUCCAGCAAAUGACCACACCAAUUACCCUUGUGCCCUCGACAUCCGAAGUCUCGUCAAGCUCGAAGAUAUUAUGCGUGAGGAUAGUCUCGGCCCCAACGGCGGUAUUCUCUACGCUCUCGAAGAGCUGGAACAUAACUACGAGUGGCUGGAAGAAGGCCUGAAAGAAUUUGAACAGGACUACGUCUUGUUUGAUUGUCCUGGCCAAGUCGAGCUAUACACUCAUCACAACUCGUUACGGAAUAUAUUCUUCAAGCUACAAAAACGCGGCUUCCGGUUUGUUGCGGUCCAUCUCUCCGAUUCGAUUUGCCUCAGCCAACCCUCCCUAUACGUCUCGAAUGUUCUGCUUUCCCUCCGCGCCAUGAUACAAAUGGACAUGCCACAUGUCAACGUUCUCUCCAAAAUCGACAAAGUUGCCUCAUAUGACGAGCUUCCUUUCAACCUCGAAUAUUAUACAGACGUCGACGACCUCACAUAUCUAACUCCGCAUCUCAAAGCCGAGUCUCCCGUAAUGCGUAGCGAAAAGUUUGGAAAACUGCACGAGGCCAUUGCAAACAUGAUCGACAACUAUGGCCUGGUGCGCUAUGAGGUGCUGGCGGUGGAGAAUAAGAAAAGCAUGACACAUCUUCUUCGUGUAAUAGACAGAGCCGGCGGGUACAUCUUUGGCAGCGCCGAGGGUGCAAACGACACCGUAUGGGCUGUGACUAUGCGAAACGAGGCAUCCCUGAUGGAUGUUCAAGACAUUCAAGAGCGAUGGAUAGAUCAAAAAGAUGAGUAUGAUCGGAUGGAACAAGAGGCAGAGGAGGAGGCCCGGCGCGAGCAGGAGCAGCAGGCCAUGGACAUGGAUGUACAACCUCCGCAACCCUCAGCGCCGAGCAACCCUGAGAUGGAUCCAGACUUUGGAGACAUGUCCGUCCCAGCUGAUAGUGGCAUCAAAGUAGUCAGGAAAGAAUGA